UGAGAUUUCAUCUACGGAAGUGUGGAAUAAGAUUCCCAGCUAGAAAAGUGUAACAGGCAACAUGAUAACAAAAUCGAAAAUUUGAGAUCAUCUUAGAGAGUUGGAACGUUUUCAGGCAAGAACAUGUUUGGUUGCCAAUGCUUUUAUUGGAAGACACUCCCCGAUUUAUCCCCUCCACAACCUGAAACCUUCUCCUUGCCUUCUCCACUUCCCAAUUGGCCUCAAGGUCAAGGAUUUGCCUCCGGAAGAAUAAAUCUUGGAGAAAUAGAAGUUGUUCAAAUUUCCAGGUUUGAGCUCAUUUGGAGCUGUGAUCUUUUGCAGGACAAGCGAAAACAGGUUACAUUUUUUAAGCCAGUGGGAAUUCCUGAUGGGUUUUAUUGCCUUGGUCACUAUUGCCAAUUCGCUAGUCAGCCUUUAAGAGGAUUUGUUCUUGUGGCUAGGGAGGUGGCUUCUUCUGUACCAGAAGCUGCUCAUAUUUCUAAUUAUGCUUACUCACCAGCUCUUCAGAAACCUGUUGAUUAUACAUUAGUUUGGAAUCCAGCUGAUGAGGGCGAGGAGAACUAUGAAGGUUGCGGCUUCUUCUGGUUUCCACAGCCUCCUGAGGGCUAUAAAUCCAUGGGAUUUUUGGUUACCAACAUUCCAAACAAACCUGACUUUGAUGAAGUUAGAUGCGUUCGGGCUGACCUGACAGAUAAAUGUGAAGCUUAUCACCUUAAACUUGAUACCAGUCUUAAAUUCUCAAAUUCUCAGUUUCGGGUUUGGAGCACGAGACCUCGUCACCGAGGAAUGCUGGGUAAAGGUGUUUCCGUGGGGACUUUUUUUUGCAGUAGUUCCUUGAUCUCCGGAGAAGAGUUGAAUAUUGCAUGCCUGAAGAAUUUAGAUCCUACGCUACAUGCAAUGCCGAAUUGUGAUCAGAUUCAUGCACUCAUCAGUCAUUAUGGACCAACUCUUUUCUUUCAUCCUGAAGAAAUCUAUUUACCAUCUUCUGUUUCAUGGUUUUUCAACAAUGGAGCAGAGUUGUACAAAGCUGGGGAUUUGGUUGGUGAGGUCAUUGAUCCUAGUGGCUCAAAUUUGCCUGGUGGUGGAGCAAAUGAUAAGCAAUUCUGGAUAGACUUGCCGAGUGAUGACAGGAGACACAGUGUCAAAUACGGAAAUUUGGAAACUGCAAAGCUUUAUGUUCAUGUGAAGCCUGCUCUUGGUGGAACAUUCACCGAUAUUGCCAUGUGGGUUUUUUGCCCCUUCAAUGGGCCUGGCACUCUCAAAGUUGGAAUCAUGAACAUUGCUCUUAGCAAGAUUGGUCAGCAUGUGGGUGACUGGGAACAUUUCACUCUCCGUAUAAGCAACUUCACUGGAGAGCUGUGGUGUAUAUACUUCUCGCAGCACAGUGGUGGUGAAUGGGUGAAUGCUUAUGAUUUGGAAUACAUAGAGGGGAAUAAAGCCAUUGUUUACUCCUCAAAUAGUGGACAUGCUAGCUUUCCUCAUCCUGGCACCUACAUUCAAGGGUCUGCAAAACUAGGAAUCGGAGUGAGAAACGAUGCUGCUCGUAGUAAUUUCUUUGUUGAUUCAAGCAUCCAUUAUGAACUUGUUGCUGCGGAGUAUCUUGGAGAUGGGGUUGUUACUGAGCCUGGUUGGCUGCAGUUUAUGAGAGAAUGGGGUCCAAAGAUUGUUUACGAUUCCAGAACCGAGCUAGAUAAGAUAAUGAAUGUUUUGCCUGUGAGACUUCGGUAUCCAGUUGAAAGCAUCUUCCAUAAGCUCCCAGUAGAGCUGUAUGGGGAGGAAGGUCCUACUGGCCCCAAGGAGAAGAACAACUGGGUGGGCGACGAAAGAGGCUAGGUUGAAUAUGAAAGUCAAGCCUGUAAUUUUUGUAUGAUAAGUCAUAAUCUUAUAGAGAUAUUCAAGAUGGGUAGGAUAGAGUUGCAUUUGAAGCAAAAGCUGUUAUCAGUAUGAUGAAGUGUUGCGUGGAAUAUGAAUCAUAAUCACUGGAAAUGAUGUUACAUUGCAAACUGGUUAGAUU